AUGUCUCGGUUGAAAGGAAUACUUUCGAUUCUGUGCCUUCUUCUGGCCACGUGGCAAGUCGAGUGCGCCUGUGGUGGAAGGCAAAGUUAUCGGUGCGUGCCACGUCCGAUGUGCAAAAUUGAACUGGGUUAUAAAACUCUUCAAGCCGGCAACAUGGGAUGCCCUUCCACGGCGGUCUGCUGUCCAAAUACUCAAAUGAAAAGCAAUCCAGUUGUGCAAAUCGAUGAACUAGUAAAUACCAAUUGCGGCCAACGUAACCCAAAUGGAGCAACCUUUACUAUUAGGGAUUUACCAGGUUUCGCUCAGGAGGCCGAGACGCCUUGGAUGGUGGCUUUGCUUAGACGAGAUCUCAGCUAUAAGGCCGGUGGCGCCCUGAUUGCCGAUAACGUGGUUAUCACAGCCGCCCACGUACUCGAAAACCUACAUGAAUACGAUCUGAUUGUCCGGGCUGGCGAAUGGGACUUUCAAACCGACUCCGAGAACUAUGGCCAUGUAGACGUUGGCAUCCGAAAGAUUGUGCGUCAUCCUGAUGUGGAUACAUUUAGCGGGGCUAACAACUUGGCCAUUCUGUUUCUUAACGACCGGAUCAAACUGGCGAAGAACAUUCAGCCCAUUUGCUUGCCAAAAGAAGAACAGUAUCCUGGUCGUCAAUGCAUCUUCACUGGCUGGGGACAGAAGGACUUUGGCCGUUAUCCCAAUAUGAAUCUGAUGAAGAAGGUGGAGAUGCCGGUGGUGUCAAACGAUGUGUGCCAACGAACGAUGCGCGAUUAUUAUACCGACGAGUUCGUGCUCCACAACAGUCUGAUGUGUGCCGGCGGAGAGGAGGGCAAGGAUUCCUGUCAAGGCGACGGAGGAUCCCCGCUGGCCUGUCCACUGUCGAGCGAUCCCACCCGCUAUGAACUGGCCGGAGUUGUUAACUUCGGCGUCGGAUGCGGAGAAAGAGGAUAUCCCGGUGCUUACACGAGUAUUGCGAAGCUCAAAGGCUGGAUAAUACAGGAGAGAGCUAAAUAUUAUGAUCCUAACGUGAUCCAUCGUCCACCGGUCGGUCCUGCGAAUCGGGGAGCACGAGACGUUCAACCUUUUCAAAAUGGACACAGUGGACAGCCGCAGGGUCCGCAGAAAGGGGGAACAGGAUUGCAGGGAUGGCGGAGGACUGUCGUCCUUUUCCAGGAGCGGAACUUCGGACCCGCGACAUCGCUCGGCACCCACACGCAGCAGCUGCGGGCGCCAUCAAAAACUUGUGCUUGUGGCGGGCGCACUUUAAUUUCAAUUUGGCGCCGACCUCCGCAACGCCACCAGCACCACCACCACCAGUACCACCACCACCGCAAUGAGACUGGCCCCACGGCAUUUUAUUGUUUUCCACUUUACGCCUGUCUCCCACUGGAGACGGUGUCCUGA